AUGGAGAAGUUGACGGGAAAGGAUAAGGAGCUCGUUCGCGAAAGCUGGGAGAGUCUUGGGAAGAACAAAGUCCCACAUGGGGUUGUUAUGUUCACGAGGUUAUUUGAACUUGACCCAAAUUUGCUCAGCCUGUUCCCUUACAACAUGAAGAAUGGGUCCAUGCAGGACUGCCUUUCAAGCCCCGAGUUCUUAGAGCACGUGGCCAAGGUGAUGCUGGUGAUUGACGCGGCCGUGAGCAACCUGGAUGACCUGAACUCUCUGGAGGACUACCUGAUCAACCUGGGGCGAAAACACGAGGCUGUUGGCGUCAAGAUCCAAUCGUUUGCUGUGGUGGGGGAGUCUCUCCUGUACAUGCUGCAGCGCAGCCUGGGCCCGGCAUACACCGCCGCCCUCCGCCAGGCUUGGCUCAACGUGUACGGCUUUGUGGUGGCGGCCAUGAGCAGCGGUUGGAGGGAAAAUGGUGAGCGUGACAGCGACUGAGCCCGUAAUCCCGCUGGGUGUUAAUCAACCACAGCUAAGAGGGGGCGGGCGCUUUGUGUGGCUUCGCAUAUGUCCGCAUCCUGGGCCGCUGCAGGGUGCUGCGUCUGAGGACGGAGAGCGCCGUGAGCGGCUUUCGAACAAA